GAAUGUUUUUCCGUUUACUCUGCAGAAGUGUCUGGGGGGCGGGGUGGAGUAUCUAGAAACCCCUGUUUUCUAAACUAUGUGUCAACUUCCUUUUGAAACAAGUACUUCGCUGAACUGGUCACAACUUUUAGCAGUGGAGAACUGGACUCUGUAAGGAUCUCUGCUAGUAAAUGUACUCCUAAAAGAUCCAAAACAUGAGACUGCUGGUGACGAUUAUUUGUUUUACAUUAUGGACUCUUUGUGUGGCAGAAGAUUGCAAUGGACCUCCUCCAAGAAAAAGCACAGAAAUUCUGUCAGGUUCCUGGCCUGAACAAACAUAUCCAGAAGGGACUCAGGCUAUCUACAAAUGCCGCCCUGGUUACAGAACUCUGGGGACAAUCAUAAUGGUGUGUAGGAGUGGAGAAUGGGUGGCUCUUAAUCCAUCCAGGAUAUGUCGGAAAAAGCCCUGUGGGCAUCCUGGAGAUACUCCUUUUGGUUCUUUUCAGCUCAUGGUAGGAGAUGAGUUCGAAUUUGGUGCAAAGGUCGUUUAUAAGUGUGAUGAUGGGUAUCAAAUGCUAGGUGAGAUUGAUUUCCGUGAAUGUGAAGCAGAUGGAUGGACCAAUGAUGUUCCUAUAUGUGAAGUUGUUAAGUGUUUGCCAGUGACAGGCCCUGAGAAUGGGAGAAUUAUCAGUGGUGCAUUGGAACCAGACCAGGAAUAUUAUUUUGGACAAGUGGUAAACUUUGAGUGUAAUUCAGGCUUUAAACGUGAGGGACCGAAGGAAAUACAUUGCUCAGAGAAUGGCCGUUGGAGUGAUGAAAAGCCAAAAUGUGUUGAAAUUUCCUGUGCAGCACCAGUAAUUAUAAAUGGAUAUUCUGUAUCUCUGGAGAAAAUUUAUAAAGCAAAUGAACGAUUUCAAUAUAAAUGUAAACCAGGUUUUGAAUACAGUGAAAGAGGAGAUACUGUGUGCACUGAUUCUGGAUGGAGUCCACAGCCUUCCUGUGAAGAAAUGACAUGCAAUACUCCUUAUAUUCCAAAUGGCAUCUACUCACCUCAAAGGAUUAAACACAGAGCAGAAGAUGAAAUCCGAUAUGAAUGUAAAAAUGGCUUUUAUCCUGCAACUCAUGGAAAUACAGCAAAAUGCACAAGUAGUGGCUGGGUACCUGCUCCAAGAUGUAGCU